GGCCAUUUUGUGUAUUUGCUUACUGUGUAUACCUUUGUCAAAACAACGUUACCAUUUGCAUUGGAGACUAAUAUGUGUUUUCCACACCACAGAAAAAGUAGACAUGCAGUUGGCCGUUGAACUGAUGCAGAGUACUUGAACAGGAAGCUUAUUUUUUUGUGGUUAGCCAAGCACUGCAGUAAACCCAGCUGCAUACAGGAAGUUCAUAUCACUCGUUGGUCUUCAGUCUGAAAAAAUUUAGUUCGCCUGUGAGUCUUUUCACUCGCACAUCAAGACAUUUGUCUCAAAAUGGCCCAGGGAAAGGACCAAUCCUUCGCCAGCCGCCUUUUCCAUAGAUGUCGUAAGAGUAGCCAAGAGCAGAGAGGACAAGAGAGUGAGGUGCCGCUUAUCUCUGAGUUCACCAUCAUGUGGGAUAAAUUCAUGAAAGAGUUCUUAGCUAAAGCCAAAGAAGAUUUUUUAAGAAAAUGGGAGUGUCCACCACAGAGCACAACUGGCCUGGAUGACUUUGAUAGGUUCAAGACUCUGGGCACUGGCUCAUUCGGUCGAGUUAUGCUUGUCAAACAUAAAGAAACAAAUCAGUUCUACGCCAUGAAGAUCUUGGACAAACAAAAAGUGGUGAAGUUGAAGCAGAUAGAACACACACUAAAUGAGAAGAGAAUACUACAGGCGGUCUCUUUCCCCUUCCUCGUCAGAUUGGAGUACGCUUUCAAGGACAACUCAAACCUCUACAUGGUGAUGGAGUAUGUGCCCGGUGGAGAGAUGUUCUCACACCUCAGACGUAUCGGAAGGUUCAGUGAAAAUCAUGCAAGAUUUUAUGCAGCUCAGAUAGUACUCACCUUUGAGUACCUUCACUCUUUAGACCUCAUCUACAGAGACCUGAAGCCUGAAAACCUGCUCAUAGAUCAACAUGGGUAUAUCCAGGUCACAGACUUUGGCUUUGCCAAAAGAGUAAAAGGCAGGACCUGGACAUUGUGUGGAACUCCUGAGUACCUGGCUCCAGAGAUCAUCCUCAGCAAGGGCUACAACAAAGCUGUGGAUUGGUGGGCACUUGGAGUUCUCGUCUAUGAAAUGGCUGCUGGUUACCCUCCCUUUUUUGCUGAUCAGCCUAUCCAGAUCUACGAAAAGAUUGUGUCUGGCAAGGUACGAUUUCCCUCUCACUUUAGCUCUGACCUAAAGGAUCUGCUGAGAAACCUGCUCCAGGUAGACCUAACAAAGAGAUUUGGUAACCUGAAGAAUGGUGUGAAUGACAUAAAAAAUCACAAGUGGUUCUCCACAACAGACUGGAUUGCCAUCUACGAGAGAAAGGUCGAAGCCCCCUUCUUGCCAAAGUGCAGAGGCCCAGGAGACACGAGUAACUUUGACGACUACGAAGAGGAGGACAUUCACGUCUCACAAACGGAAAAGUGUGCAAAAGAGUUUGCUGAUUUCUAGUGAGUGGGCCAGAGUCCCAUCAGGGCUCACAUGUUUUGGUAUAUUUGCACUCUCCUGAGGGUUGAGGUGGAACUGAGGCCAUCACGUGUUCAAUACAAACGCCUCGUUCCUUCAUUCCACACAGCUGAAUGAGGUCCUUCUUGCCAUGAUCCUGCGUGCAGUUAGCACUAACCUAUACACAGGCACAUUAUGCAGACACUCUUAGUGCUGCAACACAAAAAUACUAGACCACGUUCUCAUCUUGUUUUUUAUGUUUGCCACUUUUAAAUAGCCUCCCUCCUCAUUUCAAUUCAAAUAAUUAUUUGAAAAGCAACAUGACAACUGAUAUUAUGCCCAUUUUCGAAUGGUACAAAGAGUGAUUGAUUGUAUUAGCUGGCAUUGCACAUAUUGUGAUUUAAGCUUUGGGAAAAUAGAAGGGAAUUUUUUGGUUUUAUUUUCUAACAUGACACGAAUAUAAGUUCUGCCAGUUAUCUGUCGUCUGUCCCAUACCUGAGUGUGUUUUAGGGUUCGGUUUAUUAUUCGUAAAUCAUGAAGACUUUACCAUAAACCAUUAUUCAUCAAUCUUGUGUCCUUAAGACCUAGAACCGUGUAUUUGUGCAUAUAGAAAUAUACGUAUAUGGGACAUUAGCUUUUCAGACACUUGUUUCAGUUUUUGUGAAAGCAUGACCAAAAUUCGAAAACAAAGAAACUGGUGUUAAGUGAAGGGAAAGCAACACUGAUGACUUCUUGAAGUUUCUGAGUUUUAGGCUUUCAGCUUUUGAAGAGAUGGAUUAACGGUGACAGGUGUUAUUAUGGAGCAGAAACUUGUCAAUCAGUGCUGUAUUCAUUUAAUUGUAGCAUUGUUUUAUCCAUAUCUGGUUACACCUCAGACUAGGUGUGGUAUUAAAUGAAAGGAAUGAGAUGAUCUAUUUUUUCAGGUACAACAAUGUUUCAAAAGGAAGGAAAACUGAAGGGGUUUGAGUACAUCACUCCACAAAACAGGUCAUCCGUCUUUGGUAGGGCCAGGAAUGUAUGAAGUGCAUUCACAUGGCAUUUUUCAAUAGCUGAAAGGUCAGUCUGUUAGAUCUUCUUGAGAGUAUGUUUUUGUGAAUGCAGAGCAGUGUUGGUCACAUAGACAUAUUUUGUCCAUUCGGGGUAGCUUUUCGAUUUUGUUUUUAAAUUGUGCUUUAGCAGAGCACUCGGAAGCAUUGUGUAACUGCCAUAUUUGUUUUAUUUUCAUUUUUACUUUUGCAUGUUUGUUAUGUUUGUACAGCAGUGUCACAUCAAGCUAAUAGUGCCCUUAAGUGUUAACCAUAUUUUAAUGUUGUGUUUUGUUACCUUUAAAUUGUUUCAUAGCCUGGUACAUUGAUGCAUUAGAUUAGCAAUUUGUAUCUGAGUGACAUAUUCCUCUGCAUAAUCCCACAAAAGCAAAACUAAACCAUUGAAAUGAUAACAGAUCAUUGAAAUAUCA